AUUUUAUAUUUUUUUUUGUUGAUUGAACGUACUGGUCGUUGGUUGUAGGAUUUUGAAUUUUAUGUGUGCCUUUUUCUAGACAUUUUUUUUUCUCAGUGUACGUGAACCGUUUUAAGUGAAUGCAUCGGUUGUCGUUUAUGGCGCGUGUGGAAUAGCAAUUUAUAAUUUCUUUGUUUUUAAUAAAAUUAUCAGCGUUCGUCGAUUUUAAAAGCCAAACGGCACAUACUCAAAGACUUCAUUUUGUGGAUAUAAUUGUGUGUUGUGCAUUGUUUUUGAUAGAAUUGAAUUAAUCGCCGAUAUUGUUUUAAAGAGGCAACAUCAUUAACCUGUACGAAGCUUAAAUAUAAUAAAACAGUAAACCGACAGUAACAUUCGAUUGUGUAAAUUGCUAGUUGCAUUUGUGUAAACAAUUUAAAAUAAAAUUUAAAAAAAAAACUUUUCUGUGAUGCUAUUGAAAGACAGUGACGAUACGAUUGUGAUGCCAGCUAAUUGUAGUGAUAAAGUUUCGUCCAAUUUAAACGGUGUAUUGAGUCCGAUCAAUGGCAAUCAUGAGAAUGACAUCUUAAAGCAUAACUUAUGCUCAAUGUCACCGUGUUCAAAUUCAUCGGAAACAUUACCGCUUCCGACCGUGAAUGAUGCUAGUCCGGAAAACAUUGUACCGUAUAAUGUAGCUGAUCGACAGCGAAUAUUGAGACACACAUCGCACGAUACAUGCUAUGAGGAUGAUUUGUAUAUUCUUGAGCCAAAAUCGGCGCCGCAUGAAAUUUUCGUGAAUCGAUCACUUCACCUGGAAAAUAUCAAGUUUUAUGGCUUCGACAUGGAUUAUACACUGGCAGAGUACAAAUCGCCGCAAUACGAAACACUUGGCUUUGACUUGGUCAAAGAACGUUUGGUCAACAUGGGAUAUCCGAAAGAAAUUCUCCAGUUCGAAUACGAUCCAUCGUUCCCCGUGCGUGGAUUAUGGUUUGAUACAAUGUACGGCAAUUUGUUGAAAGUGGAUGCAUACGGAAACAUUCUAAUUUGUGUGCACGGUUUUGAGUUUUUAAAGCAUUCCCAAGUGUAUGAAGUGUAUCCGAACAAAUUUCUACAAUUGGAUGAGUCUCGAGUGUAUGUCUUAAACACACUGUUCAAUCUGCCGGAAACUUAUCUUCUGGCGUGUCUCGUGGAUUUCUUUACAAAUUCGCCGGAAUACAUUCGUGAGAAGACAGGCGUGCGAGCUGGUUGCCUAUUCAUGUCGUUUCAGUCAAUUUUCCAGGAUGUCCGUAGUGCCAUGGACUAUGUUCACAUUCACGGUGAUCUGAAGGCGAAAACAACUCAAAACUUGGAUGAAUAUGUGAAAAAGGAUCCACGCCUACCAAUGGUUCUGUCGCGUAUCCGAGAGUCUGGCGCCAAAGUUUUUCUUCUCACAAACAGCGAAUUUAAUUUUACCAACAAAAUAAUGACAUACUUGAUGGACUUUCCGCACGGAGCUAAGCCAGACGAACCGCAUCGACACUGGACCACUUAUUUCGAUAUUAUUGUUGUGGAUGCACGGAAACCGUUGUUUUUCGGCGAGGGCACCAUUUUGAGACAGGUGGAUUCAACAACAGGAGCAUUGCGUGUCGGUACACACAUGGGUCCGCUGGAACAGGGUCAGGUUUACUCGGGCGGUUCAUGUGAUGUGUUCACACAAUUGUUGGGUGCUAAAGGCAAAGACGUUCUGUAUGUUGGCGAUCAUAUUUUCGGUGAUAUUUUGAAGAGCAAGAAAAUACGCGGCUGGAGAACAUUUUUGAUCGUACCCGAAUUGGUUCAAGAAUUACACGUAUGGACGGACAAAUGUCAAUUGUUUGCGGAGCUGCAAAAUUUGGACGUUAGUUUGGGCGAUAUGUACAAAAAUUUAGACUCAAGUACUCAUGAAAAACCGGACAUAUCAAAAUUACGAGCUUCUAUUAGAGAUGUUACACACAAAAUGGAUCUUGCCUACGGCAUGAUGGGAUCGUUAUUCCGUUCUGGUUCUCGUCAAACUUUCUUUUCUAGUCAGGUGGUUAGAUACGCUGAUUUGUAUGCCGCAACGUUUCUCAAUCUUAUUUAUUAUCCGUUUUCGUACAUGUUCCGAGCGCCAGCCAUGCUUUUGCCUCACGAAUCAACUGUAGCCCACGAACAGCGAUUCAUUAUGGACGCUCCGAUGAUAUCACGAACAAGAUCACGCAUGGGAUUGGGAUCGUUGAGCACCAUGGAUUCCAUACAGAAAGUGGACGAUAUUAAGGAUGUUCAGACCAAUUCAGUGCCUCAUACUCGUCCCGAAACACCGCGAUCCGUUACACACAAUCACGAUGAAGAUUGUUCGGAUGAGGAAAGCGAUCCGAUCAAAGUGGAAGAAGAGGAGUGAUUACUAUUUGCACAACGAAUGCUGCUGCUGCCGCUAUUCGCUUAGAAUAUUUUCUUUUUCUCUUUCAUUUCAAUAAAAUUUAUCGAAGCAACAAAUUAACAAAUUGAAACAUACACACCCGCGCGCGCGUUUAUUAUCCAAUAAUAAUUUGUCAAACGUACGUUAUUUAGCAAUAGAGAGUUGUGUGCACAUUAUUCUAUUAUAUUGAAGCAUGUCGGAAGUGCAUCGUUCGUUUUACUUUCUAAGUUGUGUAGCCUAAUCAAGAAGAAAACAACAAAUUCAAUUGCGCGGCUAGAAUUUAUUUUUUAUUUUUUAAGAAUUGAUUGUAUCUCCAAAAAGCAAUGUCUAUAAUCCAUUUAUGAAUUCGCAGUUAGUAGCACAAGAAGCAAUAAUUUACAAGUAAAAAAAUC